UGUUUUCUCUUUUGCUGCGCAUUUGCACCUGUCGGCCACCGUACAAAAUAGCGUCGUACUGGCUUCAUUUGACUUCCUACAGACUUCCGGGAUGUUCCUACAGUGCACUCUAGUGGUGGUAAAUUGUAAAGUCUUAAUUUCCACUAGGCUACAUUUUCAUUAACAAAGAAAAUACUCCUACAUCAGUUCAGCUGUUUCUCCUUUGUGUAUCUUCUCUGUCUUCUCAAACCUCUAGUCGGUUCUGGCAGAUUUUUGAUUGUACUGAGCCUGGUUUCGGUUCUGUUGGAGGUUUUUUCCUUUGAAAUGGGAGUUUUUCCUCUCCAUACAUGCUCAUGAGGGAUUGCUGUAAAGUCAAUGACACAAAGCAAGCGAUUGUCUACUGUCACUACGUGUUCAUCCAGGAGGAGUGAACAUGACACUAUGGGGUGGACCUUGCUUACGCUCCCCUCUCUCACCCUGUCUUUGCUUCUCUCUUGGCAGUAUUACUUCUUUGUCUUCAAUGAUAAGAUUAGGUUACCCCAACUGCAAGUGAUACAGCUUCAUAAAUAUCUUGCUUUUCAUAAAUAAUUGGCAAGUUUGCCAGCUAAAGUGAGCAUGUGUACAGAAAUAGGCUGCAGGCAGGUAAAGCAGUCACUGUUUAUGGAGCAGCAAACCAAAGAUGGAUAUUUCUGUUCUGCCCAACAACAAUCACCCUGAAAAGUUUCUGCAGCUCGAUGUUGGCAUUUUGGAUGCUACCCAUGGCAUGUUCCAGGUUGGAGCAUUUGUUUCCAGUCAGAGACGAUGGCAGAACCGGGUCUAUUUACAGCGGGAACAAACAACCCAACAUGGAAGAAAAAUUCCUCCGUACUCAGAGGGCAGUCCUGUGGUGCUUGUGGACAGAUAUCUGGAGAAGCAUAUAACUCCAGUAACUCUGAAGUAUAACAUCAAAAGGAAUCCUCUUUACAUGGAUUUAAAAUCCAUCGACACGGUGGACAGUGGCGGAAGAUUUAAGCCUUCCUGGACCAUCAAAGAAUAUGACACAAAAACUAUCCAUGGCAACUUAGAUUAUUUGAAGGACACAAAAACACCCAAGGAGUUGGACUUCUGGCUUGAAGACCUGUACACUCCAGGAUUUGACUCUCUGCUCAAGAGAAAAGAAGCAGAGCACAAGAGAAAAAGACUUUCCAAAAUUGUUCUCUCAAUAAUUUUGCUGAUUUGUGCUUCUCUUAUCGUCAUAAUAGUGCCUAUUGUAGUUUUACAACAGAACUGAAUUGGAUGCAAAAAUCGUGCCAUAAUCUGCGUCAUCUACUCUAAAAGACAAUAGGGGCUGUCAGUGAUUCAGUGUCCAAACUAUCUACCAAUAAGAUCAAAAUCAUUACCUCCAAAAUAUAAAAUAUUUUGGAGGUAAUGAUUGGCUUUUUUUAAUCAUAAAGAAUAUGGGUGAUUGUGGUCCUACUUGCUAUGAAAUUAAAAUAAAAAUUUUGUAAAACAUCUAGUCAUACAAAACUGUAAAAGGCAUCUAUCUGCAUUAAACUUACACACCCCAUCUUACAGGAAAUUACAUUUUUCUCAAAACUAAAACUUAUGGACAUUUUAAAGUUUUUGAAGGUCAGCUUGCUGCAAUCUUCUGAAAAUUUUGCUCCUGACUGAAGGAUGAGUGAAUAUGUUAUUUUCAACAGGUCAUAUGUAAAAUGAUCGUACUUGGCAAAAAUGACAAAAGCACACAAUACAUAUUAUAUUGUAAAGGAUAAUAGAAUCUAUUCUAGUCUAAAUGUUUUAUUACUUGCAUGCAAGAAACGCAAUGGUAGUCAACUUUUCCUCCUGCAUGUAGGAUGAAGAGUUAUGUGCUUUAGACAAACACAUAACCAAUGCUUAUAACGACUAAUCUGGCUGCCUUCAUUUUAAAAGGACAAUUAUUAUGCAAAUUUCUAUUUAAGUGUCAUAAAGAUAAAAUUUUUUGCUGUGCUAUUAAAUUCAUAGAUGAUAUUGGGUCUCAGGGCUCUUUGAAU